AUGUAUGUUAAAACAAUUACCCUAGAGGGAUUUAAAUCCUAUGGUGUUAAAACAGUUAUAGAUGGUUUCGAUCCAUCUUUCAACGCUAUAACAGGCUUAAAUGGCAGUGGAAAAUCAAAUAUUUUGGAUUCAAUAUGCUUUGUGUUGGGGAUAACUAACUUGUCACAAGUUCGAGCAACCAGCUUGACGGAAUUGGUUUACAAAAAUGGUCAAGCAGGAAUAAAUAAAGCUACUGUCACAAUUACCUUCGACAACAGGGAUAAAGAUUCUAGUCCAAUAGGAUACGCUGCUGUAAACGAGAUCUCAGUCACUCGGAUUGUUGUUACUGGUGGUAAGAAUAAGUAUCUCAUUAAUGGUGUUACAGCUACCAAUGCUCGAGUGCACGAUCUUUUUCAAUCUGUUCAAUUGAAUGUCAACAACCCGCAUUUCUUAAUUAUGCAAGGUCGUAUCACGAAAGUGUUGAACAUGAAGCCUAUUGAAAUUUUAUCUAUGAUUGAAGAAGCUGCUGGCACAAGAAUGUAUGAGGAUAAAAGAGAAGCUUCAUUAAAAAGCUUAGAGAAGAAAGAAACAAAACUGCGAGAAAUUAAUACGAUGCUUACUGAACAUAUUUGUCCUCAACUGGAAAGACUGAAAGAAGAGAGGAAAGAGUAUACUGAGUAUACCAGAGUCGUGAGGGAGCAUGAAAAAUUAAGCAAAAUAUUCAUUGCCUGGGAUUAUACUCAGACUGAGGAAAUUAUUGCAAAAUCAGCUGAAGAAGAAAAUAAACUUCAGGAAAAUUUCAAUAAUCUCAAAACUUCAAUUAAAGAAAUGAAAAAGAGUAUUGAGGAAUGUGAUUCUAAAAUGAAGGACAUUGAACAAAAGAUGAGCAUGGAAGGAGGUCAGAAGUUAGCUGCAUUAGAAAGUGAACUGAAGCCAAUUGAACUGAAAGAAGUUCAAAUUGAAGCUAAAUAUAAAAGUACUCAAACUGCAUUGAAGGAAGAAGAGAAGCGAAAAACUGAGCUGAUUAGGAAUCUUAAAGAAGAAAAAAAUCUUUUAGUGCAAAAAGAAGGUCAACUUGAAAAAUCUGAAAAGAAAUUGCAGGAGUUGAAAGUUGCAAUGGAAGCUGAUGAAGAAGAAAAAGCAGCAGCUGAAAGUCAUUUGCAUGCCGUGUUAGCAGGAUCAAAUGACAUGAAAGGAAAAGAAACUAGUCUUGCUGCUCAGCUGAUUGCGGCUGGGAAAGAAAGAAAAGAUUCUGAAACUGAAGCAAAAUCGCUACAAAUGUCUUUGAAGCAUCUUAAGGUUGAGAUAGAAAAGAAGAAAGCUGAACUGAAGAAGGUUGACAAGUCUUACACAAAUGAUCAAGCAACUUAUCAAGCGCUGUCCAAAGAAGUCAAAAGAUUAAAAGAUGAAGUGUCAGCACUAGAGGCGAAAGCAACUUCGUAUGAAUCCCUUGUUCAACAAGAGAAAAAAAUGUCUUAUGAAAUUAGUAGAUUCAAAGAUGAACUUGACUAUAUCUUUACAAGAUUCCCUCAGCUAAAUUUUGAUUUUACUGAUCCAGUCAAAAACUUUAAUAGAGCAAAGGUUUCAGGUCCUGUUUGUUUGCAGUUGGAGCUGAAAGACCCUAAAGAUUCAGUUGCCUUGGACGUUGCUGCUGGGCGAAAGCUUUAUAAUGUGAUUGUGGAUGACGAAGAAACUGGGAAGCUAAUUCUUACCAAAGGACAAUUAGCAAAUAGAAGCACCCUGAUACCUUUAAAUAAAAUUCAAGGCUAUCCUAUAGAAAAUAGAAUUGUUCAAAAUGCUGAAAAUCUGGUUGGGAAAAAUAAUGUUGCUACUGCAAUAUCUAGAGUUAUUUUUGAAAAGAAAUUCACACCUGCAAUGGAGUUUGUUUUUGGCGGUACUUUUAUCUGUCCCGACAUGGAGCCUGCUAAAAAAGUGACAUUUGCAGAAAAUAUAAGAAAAAGAUCUGUAACAUUAGAUGGAUCAGUCUUUGAUCCAUCUGGAACAUUAUCUGGAGGUUCUAUGGGAAACAGAGGUCAGCUGUUAACUGAGUUAGCUCCUAUUCCUGGCAAAAGGAAAAAGUUAAACACUAUGCAAAAUCAAUUGACCCAACUUCAGAUGGAGAUUCAAAGUCUGAGAAAGAUAAGAGAACGAUACGAUACUUUAGUAGAGCAGCUGGAGUUAAAAGAAAAUGAAGUAGAAUUACUGAAAUCAAGAAUUGAGCACAGUAGCUAUAAUAAACAAAUAGAAGAAUUAAAGUCAAUGGAAAAGUCGUUUGAGGAACAAAACUUGCGGUUAGCUGAAUGCCAACAGAAACAGAAAAAUGCAGAAAUUUUAAUGAAAGAACUGGAUAAAAAGACUGCUAAAUCUAUGUAUGAAGAACAGUAUAAACAGGCUCAGAAAGCUUUAGAUGUUGUUAAAGGGAAAGUUGCAGCAUCCGUAAAAAAACACAAGGCUCUAAAUGAUGAAGUGAGUGUACUGAAAGGAGAUAUGGAAAGUAUGACUAAAAGCAUUUCAACUACUGAAGAGCAAAUUGAAGAACAUUCUAAAAAUGUCACUGAGUUGGAGAAAAAGCUGCAAGAAAUUGAUGAAGAAAGAAAACUAAUUAAAGAGACUGUUUCUGCAAAAAGUGAAGAAAUAAAAUCUCAGAAAGCUAUUUUACGAGGUCACAAUAAUGACUUGAGUAAAAUCAAUAAAGAAAAAGAAGGUUUUUUGAAGAAAAUUGGCAAUGCAGAAUUGCAAAUGCAACAAAUGGAGCAUGAUAUAAAAAUUUGUGGAAGUGACGUUGUUGAAGCCAAAAAAAAGAAAAAAUACCUUUUGGAUAAACACAAAUGGAUUGAAGGUCAGGUGAAAUAUUUUGGUACCCCAAACUCUGAAUAUGAUUUCAAGUCUCUUAAUCCCAAAGCUGCUGCAAGUCAGAUAAAAGAACUUGAGGAACUGAAAGAAAAACUACAAAAAAAUGUGAAUACUAGAGCUCAGAAUAUGUUGGGAGAAGUGGAGGAACAAUAUAAAAAACUCAUGACAAGGAGAGAAGAAGUCAUGGAAGACAAAAAGUCAAUCCAGCUUAUGAUCGAACAACUUGACGCAAAGAAGAAAUCUGCUGUAAUUCAUGCCUGUGAGAAAGUUAACAAGGAUUUUGGAUCAAUCUUCCGUACUUUAUUGCCUGGGACAGAUGCAGUUCUUAAAAGUUUGCCUGGGAAAACUCCUUUAGAUGGAUUGGAGUUUAAAGUAUCGUUUGGAGGAGUUGUGAAAGAAUCGUUAAAUGAACUAAGUGGAGGACAAAGAUCUCUUGUUGCAUUAUCUUUAAUUUUGGCAUUGCUACUGUUUAAACCAGCACCUAUUUAUAUUUUGGAUGAAGUUGAUGCAGCAUUGGAUUUAUCACACACACAAAAUAUUGGCAAAAUGCUUAGAAUGCAUUUCACAAAAUCUCAGUUUAUUAUUGUUUCUUUGAAAGACGGAAUGUUCAGCAAUGCAAAUGUUUUGUUCCAAACCAAAUUUAGUGAUGGCAUGUCCACUGUCUCUCGUACAGCACAAAGACAAGGGAAAUCUUAAUUGUGCUCCACGUUUUCAUGCAACUUGUACAUUUCCCAUUUGUUACUUUUUUCUGUGUGUAUAUACAACAUUUGUAAAAAAUGAAUCUGAAAUUUUUGUAAAAAAUAUUUUCAUAAUGUCAAACAUAUUUAUAGAGAAAACAAGCCAAUGUAUCCUUCCUCUUUCUAACAAAUAACUC